UUACUUCCAUCUACACUUGCUUGGCCAUAUUCGAUGAUCAUAUCGACUAUGACGAAGCAGUUGAGAUAUGCCGUGAUAGUCUUAACGUUGGUGGUGGCGGCAUCAGAUAGAGGUGCAGCGUUGUUCAUAUGGCCUCCGGGUCACGUGCUUUCCAACACGGCAGCCUUACCCCAACGCUCUGCUUUAGAGGGAAACUUCAGAAUCGCAGUGGACAAAUCGGGUAACCAUAUUACCAGUCCCAACGGCGACUGUGCUCUCGGCUUUCUGGAUCACAACAACUCCGGUAAGUUCACUCUCUCCAUCAUUUUCAAUCCCUCCUUUGCAUCGCCUUCAUCGCCCAAAGGCACAGAAAUCUGGAGCGCCAACAGAAACAAUCCGGUGGGGGAAAACAGCACGGUAGUGCGUAAUGCGCAGGGCCAUUUGGCUCUCCUCGACUCUUACGGCACCACAGUUUGGUCCUCCGACGGCGGCGCAGUUUGGUCGAUGGAUUUAGGGGAGACGGGAAAUUGGGUGCUCUACAAUACCACCGACUCAGAUCUGGCGAAGGAGAGUAAAACAGUGUGGUCCAGCUGGCAGCAUCCCACCAAUACGCUCAUGAUGGGGCAGAUAUUCAGAACCGGGCAGAAGCUGGUGAGCAAUGCCUCUCCUACCAAUACUUCCGAGGGUCGUUUCUCUUUGGUGGCCGAGAAAGGAGGCGUAGUGCUUUCUUCUUCUCCCCACUCCUUGCCUUACUGGGCCUGGCCAUUCCCUGGUCUCUCCUUCCAAUACAUAAAGAAUCCUUGCACUUCCGGGUCGGGGUCGUUCAUGGUGCAGAUAGUAUAUGCUGGAGAUCUGAUUUUUAUGGGCAAUAUAGGUGAUGCCAAAGUGGGGGAAAGAUCUAAUAAUAGUAGUACUGGUUCGUCUUGUUUCCCCACGGCUGAUUCAGACACUCUGCCCUUUCACACAUUCCAAGGAGAAUCGCGAAUGCGUUUUUUGAGAUUAGAUUCGGACGGCAACCUGCGAGCGUAUAUGGCAAAACCCAUCAGAGGAAUAAUGGGAUCAAAUCCUCAGGAAUGGGCGGCGGACUACGAGCUGUUCCCGUCGUGCUUCAACUGUAGCCUACCUUCUGUUUGCGGGCCGUAUGGUGUUUGCUCCAACGGGCAGUGCAGUUGCCCGGCCGCCAUGUUUACCAUGCGAGAGCCGUUUCAGCCUGAUGCUGGUUGCUCCCCUCAGCAUCCGCUCAACUUGGCUUGCGCAGGAACGAAAGGGCAGCAGAUGGUGGAAGUGAAGGGCCUUGAUUAUUAUCCCAACAAUUUCCUCGCUUCCAAUGCUUCAACGACCUCCACGGCCCAGCAAUGCAAAGAUUUGUGCAUCUCUAAAUGUUCUUGUGUUGCGUCGUUCUUUCGUUCUGAUUCGAGUACAUGUCUUAUGACAUUUGACAAUGUGGACAGUUUGCAAUUCGUUACAGUUGAUCGCAGGGCGUCGUACACAGCUUUCCUCAAAGUCUAGAUGUCUUGAAGAACGGCUUCCGCAUUCGUUGUAGAUUUCUGCUAUCAUGAUUGGCACGCUCUAUGUCGUGUUUGAUUUUUUUGGUUUUUUCUUCUAUAAAUAAAACAGAAAUCAUUUUGUCUGUCA